AUGGCCAUUACUCAGUUUUGGUUGUUUCUGGUUUGUACCUGCCUAGCAACAGUAUUCUCAUUCUUAAAGAGAUUAAUAUGCAGAUCUGGCAGAGGAAGGAAAAGUGGAGACCAAAUAACUUUACCAACUACAGUUGACUAUUCAUUAGUUCCUAAGCAGACAAACGUUGAAGAGCAGAAUUCCUGGGUUGAAGAUGCACCAACAAGUGCAAAAACUGAAGAAGGGAAUGGAAAUCUGUCAGUAUCAAAGAAUGCUCUGGAACAGUUGGAACCCGAUUAUUUUAAAGACAUGACACCAACUAUAAGGAAAACUCAGAAAAUCCUUAUUAAGAAAAGAGAACCGUUAAAUUUUGGGAUCCCAGAUGGUAGCACAGGUUUCUCCAGUAGAUUAACAGCUACACAAGAUAUGCCUUUUGCUCAUCAAUCUUCUGAAUUAGGUAAUUUAUAUACCUGGCAAGAAAAUACUAACGCAUGGGGAGAGAAGGAAGAUGCGGCGUGGCAACAGAAGAUAGCAGACAGAGAAGAGAGACCAGCAGAAUAA